AUGAGAAAAAAAUCAAUUUUAAAGAAAGCAAGAUAUUUAUCACAAGCAGAAGAAACUUCCUGUAUAUUAGAUAAACAAUAUAGUGAAACAAAAGAAAAUGAAGAUAGCUCCUCUAGUGAAAAAAGUAAACUCAAUACAGAAAUUAGAACAUUUGAUGAAGAUACUAAUAAUGAACUUUAUUUUUAUCUUGAUGACGAAGAAAUUAAUAAUUCUACAGAAAAAUGUCAAAAGUCAUCCUCAUAUGUAAAUUGGAGAGGGAUGGACUUUGUCAAUUUAGUAUUAAAUGAAGAAACAGAUCAUAAUAUCUCAAGUCUUGUUAAUUGUUGGAAUGAAAAACAAAAAUCAUUAGAGAAAAAAAUACAGGAUAAAACAAGUUCAACAUGUAUUUUGAAAAGUUUUGAUUAUUGUGGUGUUUUGAAAAAAAAUGAUGAUUGCACCAAUCCUUAUAAAGAUAGUGAUUUACCAGGUUUAAUAUCAUUACCAUAUAUCCAACUCAAUGAGAGUGAUCAAGAACAAAAUAAAAGACAAAUUAUUUAUAAUAGACUUACUAAGUUUACUGAUAUUACUAAUGAUAUAUCUAAUUACUAUUAUAAAGUAUAUGAAGCUAAUAAAAGUCAACUUAAUUGUGGAAAGUGGAGUAUGUAUAUACAUAAGAGAGGAAAACAAUUUGUAAAUAUGGUGUACUAUGAGUUUUAUUCCGAAGAAACUUUUAGAAAUCAUUCUACUAAUAUUUGGAAUGAUUAUAGCACUAAUAAACAAAAUAGUAUAUUAAAUGACACAGGUAAUCGAUGUAAUAUGACAUCACUAAUUUAUCAAAUUAAAGAGCGACAAGAUGCAACUGAUCCAUAUGAUAUGUCUUGGAUUCCUUUAGAAGACCAUGAUGAAUCUGAUGAAACUUUAGAUCCUACAACUUCAUUACCAUAUAAUGCACAACCUCCAAUGGAAAGUUCUGAUACAUCACAUCCUAUUUCUGUUGUUGAUCCAUUAAAUGAGGAAACAAAAGCUAAAUUGGGCGUUUUUAGAGAUUCUAAAAAUGCUACCCUAAAUGCUAUAUCAUCACCGGAUGAUGCAGAUAAAGCUUCAGCGGCUGAAAAAAUUGCAAAAGCUGCAACUACUGUUUCUCUAGGAGAUCCACCACAACGCAAUUCUUUAAUUUCAAACAGCACGAAUGGACAUAACUCGUCUAUAACUGAAACUACAAUUUUACCUUCUACAGAUGAUAACUCUAUACUUCAUACUACUAUCGUUGAAUCUCCUGAAAGUAAUGCUACGCCUUCAACAACUGUACCUUCUCCUGAAACUACACCAUCUCAUACAACCAUGUUAUCUGCAGAUAGCAGUUCAUCUUCCUCAGGAAUUUCUUCAUCCCCUAUCACUGAGUCUGGUAAUUUUACAGCUAAUGAUGGUGCUUCUCCAUUGAAUGGUACACAUUCUAUAAAUAGACAUUCAUCUCCUGCUAUGGAUAUGCCCGAAUCUCCCACUCCUAUCAGUGUACAACCUAUAACUCUUACUGAAAUUAAUUCCAAUGGUACUACAUCUUUUUCAAAUGAAUCAUUAACUGAGUCACCUAAUUCUAAGCCUCCAGUGGAGGCACAUAUUCCUUCAAUUAAAACAGAACUUCCCAAAAAUGAUAUUGUGUCUCCAUCCUCAUUUAAAUCCUUAGCGCCUUUAGAUAUCAAGGCAUUUCCUAAUAAUACAAAUGAAUCUACUACAAUAAAUAAUGAUAUACAAUUAUCUGAAGCAAGCUAUUCCCCAACACAAAGUUCAGAAAAUACACUUACUUCUAUUGCUAAACCUAUUAAUUCACCUUUAAUCGAAUUUCAAAAUAAUACAUUAUCAAAUUGUUCGAGCAAUUGUCCCACAAAUAUGAAUGUUCCAGAUAGUACUACCGCACAAACUCCAUUAGAUGAGAGUCUUGAACCUACACCUACAAUUAAUCCUGCAGGAAGUAUAAUAACAGGCGUUUCAGUAGGUAUAUUCAUUUUAGGAAUUGUUCUCCUUUUAAUUAUUAUAUAUAGAUGCACUCCUAUUGGAUCUUGGAUUCGUAAUCGAAAAUCAAAGAAAAAAAAAAUAAGAAAAAAGAUAAAAAAAAUUUCAAAGAAACCAAUGCCAUCAUCUACAAAUAAUAUAGAGGAUGGACCAAUGAAUAGUGGAAAUCACUCUUUGUUACAGCAUGAAAAACAAAUACCACAAUGUGAGGUUAGUUUUGAAAGUGAAGGAAAUUUUAAACAUGAGCAAAUGGGAAAAUCCAAAGAACUUAAAGGAAUAUACAAUGAAAAAGGAAAUAUACGCAUUUGUGAUGAUAAAGAAAAAGGGUCAAAUAUGCAUGAAAAUAAAUUUAUAGAUGAAGAAAAAUUAAAUACAGAUAAUCCUAAAAGUGAAAUUAAAAAAGAAAAAUUGAGUGGAAAUGAACCUAGUAGUGAAAAUGAAGAUGAAUAUAAUAAAAAUAUAUUAGAAAAAGAUCCUGUUCAUAUUGUAUGUCAUAUUAGGAAUGGCACAUUAAAUGAGGAAAAAGCAAAUGAAAUAAAUUCGCAAAAGGAAAAAUCUACAUGUGAAAUUGAAAUGAAAAAUUUAGGAAAUAAAACGUCAGUCAAGAAUGAUGUAUGUAAUUGGAAUUCAUGGGUAGAUAUACAUAUGACUGCAUUGCUAGAGUGUAAAAAAGAGGAAUGGAAAUUGAAUAAAAUAGAAUUUUUUAAUAUUUGUUUAGAAGAGAUAGAAAAAGAUGGAGAAAAUUCUAAUUUAAAAGAAAUGCGAAAUCAUUUUAUAAUGAAAAUUAAAGAAGAAAAUAGUAACGAUAAAAUAGUUAAAAAAAGUAGUAUAUUAGAGAAAUAUAAAAAUGAAAAGUGGUUUAUUAAUUUGAAGAAAGAGUGGAAAGAAGAACAAGAAAAAUACUUAGGAUAUUUAGAUGAACAAGAAAUUGAAAAAAUGACAGAAAUGGGAGUAAAUAAUUUUAUGCUAGAUAAAAAAAAAAAAAUAUGGAAGAAAUGGAUAGAAUGGCAAAUAGAGCAUUCAUACGAAUACAAAAAUCAGAAAUGGUUUGUACAAUUGCUUGAAGAAUAUGAAAAAGAAGAAAUUGAUAAAAAUUUAAAGGAAGAAAAUAUAGAGAAAGAAAGAAAUAAUGGAAUAGAUAAAAAUGAAAUGAAGAAAAAUUUGGAAAGGAGAAUUUUGUUAGAUAUUCAUAUGAUGGUAUUAGAGGAAUGUACGAAAGAAGAGUGGGAAAAAGAAGAAGAAUUUUUUAAGGCAAAUAUGGAAGAGAUAAAAAUAUAUAAAAAUUUGGACGAAGAAACAAACAUAUUAGAUAAAAUAGAAAGAGAAGGAAGUUGGAAUGUUAUAUCAGAGAUAGAAAAAGAGGAAAUAGAAAAAUGGAAAAAUGAAAAAUGGUUUAUUGAGUUAAUAAAAGAGGAGUGGUUAUUGAAUAGAGGAAAAUUUUUAGAAACCUGUUUAGAAGAAUUUAUAGAAGAAGAUAAAGAAAAAUAUCCAAAAAUAAUAGAAAAUGAAUUAGCCAUGAUGAAAGAAGGAGAAGAAGACAUUAGUACAUUAAUGAUUGAGAAACAAAAACUUUUAUGGAAUAAAUGGGUAGAAAGAAACAAAAGAAUGUCAGAGAAAUGGAAAAAUGAAGAAUGGUUUAUUAAUUUGAAAAAAGAAUGGGGAAAAGAACAAGAAAAAUAUGAUGAAUUAACAAAAGAAUCAGAAAUAUCAGAAAUAGAAGCAGGAAAAAAUCCUAUGCUAGAGAAACAAAAAAGAAUAUGGAAACAAUGGCUAAAAAAACAAAGAAAGUGGUUUAUACUACAUGGAGAGGAAGAUUGGUUUAACAAUUUAUUGGACGAAUACGAAAAAGAAGAAGAACGUGAGGAAGGAAUAACUAAAAAAGAUAGAAAAGAAGAGAAGGAAAUUCAUGAAAAUAUAGAGGAAUUGAAACAAGAAGCAGAUGAAGAAAUAGAGAAAAAUAGAAAAAAAAGAGAGAAAUUGAUACAGAACAUUUUGAUAGAUAUACAUAUGACGCUAUUAGAAGAAUGUAUGAAAGAAGAAUUGCAAAAAGAAAAAGAAUAUUUUUUUAAAAAAAUGGUGGAAGAAUUGAGAAUACAAGAAAAUUUAAAUGAGGAUGUUAACAUAUUAGAAAUAAAAAAAAAAAGUAGGAAUGUUAUAUUAAAUAAUGAUAAAGAGAAAAUAGAAGAAUGGAAAAAAAAGAAAUGGUUUAUAGAGUUAAUAUUGGAAAUGAAAAACAAGGAAAAGGAAUACAUAAAAGAUAUAUAUGAAGAAAUGAUAGCAAAAAAGAAUGAGGACAGAAUUAGAAAUCCCAUGUUAGAAAGGCAAAAAAUUAUAUGGAAAAAACACUGUGAAGAUAUUCAUAAGAGGUGGAUAGAAAAAAAUAAUAAAGAAUGUUUUACAACAGUUAUUUAUUAUUAA